AUGGAGCUGGCUGAAAGGUACAGCAUUCCAAUGAAUGACUAUGAGGAUGCCACAGGGUUACAGACCCGAGGUGCAAGGACACCUAGAACAGAGGACAUCUACCAGUCUCUUCAGUCUCCAAACAUAACAUAUAGACAGAGAGAGGCCAGUGAGUAUUUGGUUCAUAUUUUCUAGUACACUCAAAUAAAUCGGUCAGUUGUGACUUUAAAUUAAUAAAUAUGUAGGCCUGCAUGACUGAUAAUCAAGUAUGAUUGAGAAGACCGUAUUAAUCUAAUUUAGUAACUUGUGCAUUUCAGGGCCACAUGACAGGAUACAAUGGAAAACAUUUGUGUCCCCUCUGCUCCUCUUCAAUGCACUUUUACUGAUGAUCAUUCUGGUAAUUGUUGGAGUUCACUGUAAGUAAUUUAAUCAACAAUGCACUACUGAAUAUUUGAUUGUUGUGAUGAUUAUUAUGUGAGGUUCUAAAAAUGAAGAAUAGCUGGGGUUUGAGUGUAAAAGACAGCUCUGUCUGUCACCAACCACUGUUCCUAACCAAGUGUUCUACUCUUGUAGUUCAUACUCUAAAACCUAAAUACUAUUAGUUGGUUCAACCAGUGCAAGACGCAAACCUGUUCAACCUAUUAGACAUCUCAGGAUUAAAUAUAUUUUUAAAAGAGCAGCUUUCUUAUUAUUUUUUGCCAGAUUCCCAUUUCACCGGGGCAAUAUCAUCUGAAAAUGGAGGUGGGUGACUUCAUAUGGCUACUGUACUGUAUAAGUUAUAUAAAUCACACAAAUUACCUCUAUUUAGUAGAUAAAGAUUAAACACAACCUGUGGAAUGUCUUGCUGUAGUUUGUUUAGUUGUUUAAUUAGAAAGUACUGUGUUCUAUUUCAUUACCGGAAAAUCCCAACUUCCAAGUCAAAUUUCCACUUCGUCUCUCAUUGACAUCAAUGCAUGACUAAUGCAUGAUGUAACACAUUUGACUUCACUGGAAGUUAUGAUUCACCACUAACAUUAUAGAUUCAGCACAUUUGAUGUGGUCACACUUUCACGCAUGGAGGAACCAAUACUAGUAUGUUACAUUCAGAUUUCAGACAGAAUGAAGAAAUGUGGCAUCUCUAUCACAAUGGGUUCUAUCUAUUCUGGCAAAGUGUGGGGGAUUGCCUAACUGCUGAUAGCUUCUGUCAGCAGAGAAACGCCACUCUGACCACAUUACAGCCACAUAACAGGGUAUGUCAGCUUGUAUACUCUGUCUGUGAAAUAUUAUACACUUGCAGUGUCUAUAUAGAAUAUAAUUAACUUUCAGUGUCAGGUCAUACAUUUUCAGUUCAAAAAUAUUUAUUCUGAGCUAAAGGUGUAAAAUGCAUAAAGAUUAAAAGCAUGAGUUUGAAUACAUAGGUUUGGUUGUUGGCCAGGGCCAGAGGACAGCAGCUUUGGGUCCUUGAGCUGAGGGAUAUGACCGAGUUGUCUGCAGAUGGUGCCACAGAGGUUCAGAAUAAUACAAUCUUUCAUAAUCCUUUUUAUAUUAUGUACAGUACUUCAUUAAGAAAAUGUUUUGUGAUAAGUUCCUUUUUAACCUUUGUUUGAUCUUCCUCAGGAGGAUGGUGAAUAUGGUGAUGAUUGUGCCCUCCUGACUGGUGACCCCACCCAGGCCUCAAUGAGCCCGGGCCACAGGAAGAGCAAGGGGUGGGUGUGUGAGAGGAAGGCCUCUCCACCACAUGUAUCUGGAAAUCAAUAAGAUCCAACCUAUUCCAUUCAGGGAGGAUAUCAACUUUUCCUUGAAUUUUUUUCACUUUUUAGUCACGAUGUUAAUUGUUUUUUUUAAUUCCC